AUGACGCACCGCCGCCAGCUCUGGCCUGCUCUGGUCGCCGUCCUCCUCUUGCUCGGCUGCCACGACACCGCCGCAGCCAAGAAGAAGAAGAAGAAGGUGCCGCCGUCCGCCCCGCCGGCGCCAAAAGCGGAGUUCCGUCUGUCGAGCCCGAGCUUUGGCAACGGUGGCGAGUUUCCGAGUGACAACCGGGGCGACGAGGACAACAUGAACCCGGCGCUCGCGUGGGAGGGCGCGCCGAAGAACACGCAAUCGUUUGUGCUGCUCGUCGACUCAGGCGCCGACGACGGCGCCGACGCCGCCAAGGCGACACACUGGGUCGUGUACGACAUCCCGAAGGAGGUGAGCGAGCUGCGCGAUGAGCUCUCGGGCUCGGGCGCCUCGGACGGGAUGACGUCCUUCGGCAGCACCUACUACCAAGGUCCGUCGGCGGACGGGUCGAUGUGCACCUUCAAGCUCUACGCGCUCAGCACGCGCCUCGAGCUGCCGCGCGGCGCCUCGAGGGAGGCGGUGGUUGCUGCGAUGAAGGGGAAGAUACUCGGCAGAGCGACGCUCAAGGCCAAGGUAUGA